AUGGAUACAGGAGGAAGAUGGGAGAUCAAGCAGAUAAGCAACCUCACCAAUACGCUUGAUGAUGGUGAAGGGGCCAAAGAAGUGCUGAGCAAGAUUCUGGGAAACACGUUUAUGGACGAUGGAUUGUCUAUAAGGUUGGAGUUUCAAAAGAACCAAAUCACCAGAUCUAAAGGUAAAAUUGCUUUUUUUGUAUUGGCUUGCUUUUCCAUCAGAAUCCUACUUUUUUUAAAGCCUUAUAAACUUAUCAGGUUUGUAAAAUAUCUUAAAAUUGAACCCUUGCAAUUUGGAUGUCCAUUUCUGGUUUUCAUGAGUUUGAAUUUUCUGAAGUAA